GCAGAAGAUGGCAUAUAAACAUUAUAUAAAAUUAAUAAUAGCGAGUAAAGCGUGUGGGUUGGCAGAUAGAAGGCAUCCUGUUUGAUAGGAAACACAUCAAAGUAUGUAGAUAACAGUUAACAAAAUCCAGUUUCCUUCGGACCAGUAUGCUGUUGUUGGUCUCAAGUAUCGUGCUCUAUUUCAAAAUCGUCAUUUGACGAAGCGAAGCAACAUGACAUUUGUUUUUUUAUUUCUCGUCGUCUUAUCUUUGAAUCAGUGUACGGGGCAAAUUAUCGAUAUCGGUGAUGUGUGGGAGACCAAAUGUCCACAGGGAUGUACUUGCGAGAUUCAAAAAUUUUCCGAUCUGCCCCUGCACCAAUGGGCUGAUACAAACAAAGACAAUGAUCAGAGUAUACCUUCCGAUGAUAUUGAUUUCAAUAUAAACGAUGAUCCGAUGAUUCACGAAUUAUUGAAAAUUGCAACAUGUGUGAUUGCUGACAAUUCUGAGAAAGAAAUUUUAACUAAACUUCCUUCAAAUAUACAGGUUUUGACAUUACUCGAAUCGGGUAGUGGGGACAUUGAUAUUCUUUUGCAAGCCACUACAUUCCAACGUUUCACCGAAUUGAUAUCGCUGGACAUUCAAGGGAUAGAUUAUAAUGAUCCCUCGGUGAAAGAGACGAAUAAUCAUACAAAAAGAGGAGGUGUUGUUCUCGCAUCUGAUGCGAUGUAUCCUUUAGGAUCUACUUUACUAUAUCUCAAUCUAGAACGGGUUAAAUUGUCGAAUUUGAAUCUACCAAAUAAGAACAAAGCAAACCUGGUGAUCAAGCCGAUGAAUUCGCAGAACACGGAAACGAUAUUGAUUGACGACAACCAAGCAUCUGUAAGCAAUACCAGUCAGUACAAAGGGCAUAGGCUCAUUUUUCUGAGCCAACAGAAUAACGAAGAUAAAGAAAUAUUGCCAUAUGAUUUGUAUAAGCAAGAAUUAGAAGGCUAUAGAGAAAAUGUUGAGCUUUUUGCCGCACUCGGUGUGUUAACACAUUUAAGAGUAUAUGAUUGCGCUUUGAAAGAUGUAUCUUGGCACAUGUUCGAUGGCCUCAAUAGCCUUCUUUAUCUCUCGCUGGAAAAGAAUAAUUUGAAAUUUAUUCCUGAAUUUUGUUUCUAUGGCACACCAAACUUGAGAUUACUCUCAUUGGCAAGCAAUGAAUUAUUGACACUGAAGAGCGUAGAUCUGGCAGGAUUGCUUAUGCUGGAACAUCUGAACUUAAGACAAAAUAAUUUAACAUUUCUUUCAGAGUUAUCAUUUCCACCUUUCCCAGCACUCGUAAGUGCUGAUUUUACAGACAAUCCUCUGGAUUCUAUUUUUCCAAGUACCUUUGAGAUAAUGAAUACGACGAUAAAAUUAUAUCUUGGAGGUAUGACAUCAAAACUGAAACUACAGAAGAAUUCCUUAUUAGGUCUACGUCGAGCUGAAAUAUUACACUUGUACAAUCUAGACAUACCUAUAUUAGAACGUUUUAUCUUGCAAGGACUGCCAUCGCUAACGCAUCUGAAAAUGCGAGGAAACAUUUCAAAUAUCGAUUUCGACGCAUUUGUUGAUCUUACUAAUUUGUUGGAUCUAGAUCUAAGUCAUUGCCAUAUUCAGAAAAUUUCUAUGGAUGCUUUCUAUGGUUUAGAGAAAGUUAGGAAAAUUGAUUUGUCAGAUAAUGAUCUUGAAUUUGUACCACCUGGUUUAUUCACUGCACAACAACAAAAGGAAUUGCGAGAAAUUAUACUUACAAAAAAUAAAUUAACUUCAUUACCUUUAGAUUUCUUCAAAAAUUUGAGAUUGCCAAAUAAACAAACGCAUGUACAAAAUAUAAGACUGGAUAACAAUCCUUGGGAUUGUACAUGUAUCAUGAUUAGCUGGAAUCCUAAUCUGGUAAAUAGAAAUAAAGAAACAGCUCCGCGCUGUUCAACACCUAAACGAUUACAAAAUUGGGGAAUCUUCUAUGCAUUACGCAAAGGUGGUUUACAAUGCAGAAAUCCGAAAAAAAUACAUUUUCGAAAAUUUCUGAAGACGAGAAGCUUUGAAGAAGAUAAUAAUAUCAGUUAGCUAAUCGCUCCUUUCAAAUUGUAUGUAUAUAUUAAUAUAUACACAGGAUUGUGAAAGAA